AGCGUUAAUAAUUUCUGCAUCCUCUCAGGUAGGAGUAUUGUAAAGUAUCGUACGGUACCAUGCAAUACAGUAGGAACGUUUCGGUUUCCGUGACAAUCAUCACAACUUUUUAAGAACGACUUUGAGAACGCACGAGCGAAACAAAAGGAACCAUCGCCACCCAAACACAAAGCGCAGUGCUUCGCAACCAGACGCGGAAAGCACCCUCCAAUCCAAAAGAGUAAACACAGACCAAAAAAACAAAAACAAGAACAGAAACAGAAACAGAAACAAGAAGACUACUGUCGGCAUGACUUCGAACGCAACAGAUACGGAUACAGCGACAGAUACAGCGACAACGGCAUCAUCGCCCGAUCCCAAGCCCAGGUCGUUUCGGAUUCGUUUUGCCUCCGCCCAGGACGAUCCCUCCCAGAGAUCGGCCUGGAAAUCCACCUCGCGGUCCAUGCGUCCUCCCCCCUGCGUGGAACGCCGGGACACCAUUUUCGCGCCGGAAAGCGAUGUCGACCCGGAGCUGCUGCUUGCGGACGCCGCUGCCGGGAAGGAGGACGGCGGCGAACGCGAAUUCGAACGCGAAUUCGAACGCAAGACCAUCACCGAAACCGAAACCGAAGCGCCCAGGGUGGUGGGGAUUCUCAAGGACAGCUCGCCCGAAGCCAAUCACCAGCGCGGGACGGAUGCAAUCGACUCCUUUCCAUCCGGGGAUCUUCCGGCCAUUGUCGAGGACGGGCCGGUCUUGCGCAAGAAGAACACGAACGACGACACAAGCACCAACGAGGACGACGACGAGUACGAGGACGACGACGAUGCGAGCCUCGAGCCGACCGAAUGCCUCCGGGGCGCGGAGGACGAAGACGAGGACGAAGAAGACCACCACGAACCGAUGGGCCGUUCCGCCUGGGGCAGCAGAGAGAUCCGGUCGAGCCUCCGGUCGAUGCGGGUUCUGGUGCCGCCCGUGCGCAAGCCGAGCGCGGGGGUGAGCCUCGAGAGCGCGACCACCGUUUCGAGGGAAUUCGAGCUAGCGGUGGGGGAAGCGGCCGAAGAGGAGGGCACGGACCAAUGGGCAGAUGGCUUUGCCGGUUCUGUUUCUGUUUUUUCUUCCUCGAAGGUUUCGACCAAGGACCGAACCGAAACCGAAACCGGAAUCGAGGCCAAACGAAACGGACGGACCAAACGAACCAAACGAACCAAAAAGUGGUUUUCCUUCUUUUCCUAGCAAGCAAAGACCGGAUCGCAACGAACCAAAAACGAAACGCGGCGCAAAAUGACACG